UCCAAGUAUAAGUUCACUGAAUAUGGGUGACGAAAUGGCGUCCGAAACAAAUUUAUCAGAAGAUGACAUCAUCAGAAUUCACGACAACCAUGGUAACACCAUGGAGUUACUGGGGAGCGGGGGUCAGUACCUCAGCGCGAGCAGUGUCAGGUCGGGGAGGUACCCUAACCCCGUCACUAACAUCCCUAGGCUGAGAAAGAUGAACGUCAACGAAGAUGACAUCUUUCUCUGUGCAUAUCCAAAAGCAGGAACACAUUGGACCUGGGAAAUUAUGACCAUGCUCCUGCAACAGAGUGCUGAAUAUCACCCCCACGAAAAAGAAAGUUACAUGUACGAGUUACAGAUUCCAGAGACGCUUCAGGCUUUAGAGCCACCCCGUGUGUUUAACACCCACGUCCGACCAAAUAACCUACCGGAACAGUUCUUUGAGAAACGAUGCAAAACUGUGUUUGUUCGACGUAACCCAAAAGAUAUAGCGGUAUCAUUUUAUUACCACUGUAAGAACAUGAUCCAAUUUGGUGGCACUUUUAAACAGUUUAUGGAUUUCUUUUUGAAAGAAGAUGAACCAGUGUUACACUGCGCCUGGUAUAAAUAUACAUUAGAAUGGGAACAGUUCAUUAGAGAAAAUCCAGAUCAUCCUGUCCAUUGCAUCAUGUACGAGCAACUUCAACAGAAUGCAGUCGAAGAAAUCAAGCGUCUUGCUACCUUUUUGAAGACACCAUGUGACGACAAACUUGCCAAUCUCAUUGCCGAAAUAUGCUCGUUUCAAAAUCUCAAAAACGCAACUUUGAAGGUAAAAAAAGGGGAAAUGAGCAAGAUACUUUUCAGAAAGGGAAUGGUUGGAGACUGGAAAACUCAUUUCACCGUCGCGCUUAACGAGAAGUUUGACCAGUAUUUACAGCGUCAUCCAAGAACCUCAAUGUAUACGUAUGAUAUAUAGACUAGGACUUCUUUCCUGGGUGUCAGAUUAUAAAUGUAGGAAUAAAAUGGUUGUCACUAAAAUAUAUGUCAGUAAGUAUAAUGUACAUAUAUUCCUAUUUCAUGUUCUGUACACACCAUUGCUAGUGAUUUUUUUUAUCUUAAAAUCAGUGUAUUAUUUGUUUUGAAACAUGUUCUCGUUAAUGUUCAUGAUAUCCAUUGUGUUGAAUAUUAAAUUUUGAAUAUUAAACAAUCUUAUAACCAGCUUCUUAACUCAUGAAAGAGAAGCAUUUCAUAACGUGAAAUAGUUCAAGAUUGGCAAAGUGGUCAAUCCCUCUAUCCCGAAAAUCGAAUAAUUUCAUUACCAUUGAAAAUAACCAUAACUGUAUAUUUCACAGAUGAUAGCCUUGUUGUUUAAAUUGAUGGUACUUUAAAAAAAAUAAUCCCCAUUCUUUUUUAUUUAACCCCGUAUGUCUUUAUUUAUUCUGUUGGUCUCCUAUUGCACGUCGCUGUGAUUGCCAGAACAUUAACAUAUUCAUUGUCUUCUAGAGUGGACAAAAAUCUCCAGCAGAUACUACUUUCUUGCACUCUACAGAGCUUUUAAAGGUGUUUUCUUUGUUGUUUUUCCUUUUAAAAAAUGCUGUGGAUCACAUAUAUAAGGUUAAAAAUGAAAUAA